AAUUGGGUAUACACCCAGUGACCUCUGAGAGUGACAUUAUAAUUUAAUUUUAUUUGAUUUUACAAGGAAGAAGGGAGCGGAAAGAGAAGCGCCACCACUGAGAACCCUGCAACCGUGUGCGACUUUCAGACCGACACCUCCGCCAUUAGACAGGAUUCAUACUGAAACCUCAUACUUGAAGGGAAGCUACUUGGUCAGGAUUUGGACGUUUUAACAUUUCUCAUCAAGAUCCGAGUUGGUCUUCCCAUUUUGGCGUAGAUUUUUGGUUAAAGUCUUCCAAUGGCAUAUCCUUUCUCAGAUUUCAAGUACUCUGAUGGCCUCACUGUAGUUGGUAUCUCCUUCUGCACAGCUAUUGUUUGUGAGGCUAUCUCUUGGGUUCUUAUCUAUCGGACCAAUUCUUACAAAAAUCUUCGGUCCUCCAUUGACAAGGCCUCCAAGAAACUUGAGACCAUGAAGACAGACAGCAAUAAAAUCAACAUCAAGAAGUCCAAGACCAAAAAGAUUGAUCGUGUUGAGACAAGCCUCAAAGAAUCGAGUCGUGAUCUGUCUCUCUUCAAGUUCAAGUCUGGGGGUGUUGUGGCUCUGGUUCUCUUUGUAGUCUUUGGAUUGCUGAAUUCACUCUUCGAAGGCAAGGUAGUUGCCAAAUUGCCCUUCAAACCUUUUGGGCUUAUUAUGAAGAUGAGCCAUCGAGGAUUGCAGGGUAAUGAUCCCACUGAUUGUUCCAUGGCAUUUCUGUACUUCUUGUGUUCCAUUAGCAUCAGAACAAAUUUGCAGAAGUUCUUGGGUUUUGCACCGCCCAGAGGUGCAAGUGCUGGCCUCUUUCCCAUGCCUGAUCCAAAGACCAGUUGAUUGGGCUUAACCUCUAUCCGAACUUGUUGUCUCUGUUGUUUCUAGGUCGAAGAUAAUAUGAAACUACAUAACUUGAAUAAUUUAUAUUUGAUUUGUUUCUCGUAGGGUGCCAGAAUGAUUUUAAUUGGUAUUAGUGAUACUUAAAACAGUCAACUUUAGUUUUUCGAUGUGAGUUUCUUGAGUUUUUGUUUAUUUUUAGUGCAAUAAAACUCUCUCCAUUUAUGUCACUACAGAAAGGGGAUUUUCUUCAA